UACAAACAAAUAAUUCAUAACACCUCCAUACUCCGAGAGCUUGCAAAUAACUGAUCAUAAAAAGCAUCAUAUAUAACAGAAGUGUGUGAUUAUGGUCACGAAUCCAACAACCGUCAAGUUCCUAUGUAGCUACGGCGGUAGAAUCACCCCUCGUUAUCCCGACGGCAAACUCCGUUACCACGGCGGCGAUACACGUGUCCUCUCCGUCUCUCGCUUCGUAUCCUUCACCGAGCUGGCGAGUAAGAUCAGCGAUGUCUGUGGUAUGGUCGUGACUACUCUCCGUUGUCAGCUACCAACGGAUGAUCUCGACGCGCUUGUGACCGUAACAUCCGACGAGGAUCUAACGAAUCUAAUGGAAGAAUACGAUCUUGCUUCAAUGACGCCGGUCAAGAUCCGUGUCUUCCUUUCUCCACUAAGAUCAACAACGACGUCUAAGAACUCGUCUCCUCCACUUUCAACUACGUCUUCGUCUUCUUCUAAAUCAUCCACUCGUUCUCGCUCUCCUCCGUCGACGACGUCGUCAGCUACGGAAACGUGUCCGAGUUGUGUAGAGAGAAGUAUGCGUAACAAUGGAUGUUACGUUCAUAGGAGUCCAAGCCAGCACCAAUUCAGAAACCUAAUCAACAAUUGAGAAUAAUAAUAAUAUAAUCAUUACUGUAUGUAUUGGCUAAUUAGAAGUUUUCGCGUAUUCUCUAAUGGUGUGAGGAUCAGUUUCCAAAAGAAUGAUAUGUGUGGCUCUCUGUCUAUUACAUUUUUGGAAUUUUUAUGAAGAUCCAAUUACUAUACGCCACGUGUAAAGUUAGUGAUGAUAUUUUAUUUUGCUACCUUUUCGCGCUGUAUCUUUAUAAUGUUUCCAGAUAUUUUCUUGUUUUUGAAUAAACCGUAAUUUUUAUUGAGUUUGGUUUAGUACGAUUUAAGGUUAAAUUGAAGCUCCAGUUGAUUUUUGAUC